AUGUUACGGACGUCGAUAUCAGGCAUCAAAAGAGCCUUUGUCAAUUCUAGCGCCGCUCUUGCUCUUCCUGAUUACUUGAAGCUUGAAAACAUCGAUAUCAAGAAAAACAAGAACCAACGCUUCCUCGAAGGGCCCAAAGAACGAGGACGUAGCUCUGCUCAGAAAUUCGUCGUUUCCGCUUUUCAAGAAUCUGACUUUGAUGAUGUUGAUUUCAUCGACUUUUUCGCCGUUGAGGAAAUCGUCGAAACGCUUCUUGACGAUUCGCUGGGCCAUUUGAACGCGAUCAAGCCCGGCUUUGAGGCAGAGACCGUUGGACAGCUGAAUGUGCUUUACGAUGGCGACCUUUUUGCUUGGAAGAUUUGGCGACUUUGGCUGUUACCGAUCACUCAAGCAUGCCAGAAAGCAAACCUCAUCGCUACAUCUCAAAACGAAGUUAUCACGAUCAAAAUUCCCCCAACAACAGCUGCUUCGCGUAAAAAGCUUGUCAAAAACGUCGACUCCAUCGAACAAUCCUUCUCUCAAAAGAUGUUGAAGGUCAAAUCCUCCCAGUACUUGAAAGCGAUGGAAGGAGCAGAAAAAAGUGAGCAGUAUUCGGAGGAUUUGGAAGAUGAAUGGGCAGCGAAGAGUUUGGGGGCUCAUGUGAUUUUGACACUUGAAGGGAUGGUGGAUAAAGCUGCGUUCACACUAAGUAAAACCGCGGAGGCAAAAAGACAUGAGCUCUUGGGAACAUCUCCAGUUAGCAAAAAGAAGAAAAAGUGA